AUGUACGAAGCAUCACGUUAUAUGAUGUCUAAAUGUUUACAAUCGUUAUUAGUUACAAUUAUUUGUCAUUGUAACCCUGUAAAUCCUUUGCAACUUUUUGAAGAUUUCAAAGAAAAUAUGAUUGAAGAUUUUAUUCAACAAGGAAAUAGUGUAGAAAAAUCUCUAAAAGUAUGCAUUAAUGACAUAAAAAUGGAAAUUCACCAAAAUGGUUUCGAUUUUAAUCAAUUCUUAUCAUUUCCUAAUUUCGAAGAUAUUUCAGAUCGCGAAAAUAAUUUAGUUAACUGUAUUGUUGAUGACAAUAAUUUAUUAUGGAAUGAUCUUAAUAGUGAUCAAAUUUUAGCUGCGGAUACUAUUUUAAAAUCAUUAGUUGGUUUGAACUGGCAGAAAUAUUUUUAUUAA